AUGGUCACUUGCCAAGGCUGCGGGGAGACCACCUCUCUCCGGCUGUGCUGCCCCAGCUGCACAGAGGCCGGCCGCACUUCCUUUUUCUGCUCCCAAGAUUGCUUCAGGGCCUCGUGGGCCUCGCACAGCAAAUUGCAUGCAGUGCUGCAGCGCGGCGCAGCAGCAACGGGAGCAGCAGCAGCUGCAGCAGGGACCCCAGGCGCAGCAGCAAGGGAGGACCAACUCAGCGACACAUACACAGACAGCACAGCAGCCAGCCACAGGAGGGACGGAGCAGGCAGCCCUGCAGACGAGCCCGACAGCAGCAGCA